AUGCCCUAUCUUCCUCGGUUCUGGCAGGCGCUGCUUGUCCUGUUGCUUACUCGCAUAGCAUGUUGCUCCACGCCCACAGUCUUCUUCAACGUCUCGUUAACAUGGGAGGAAAGGGACGUCGCUGGUAUCAGUCGCAAGCUCAUCCUUACAAACGGUCAAUUUCCGGCUCCGACAUUGUCUCUCAAACAGGGCGAUGACGUUGAGUUUCUGGUAAAAAAUGAUCUGCCAUUCAACACGACUAUACAUUUUCAUGGCAUCGAACAACUGGGUACUCCCUGGUCAGACGGCGUUCCGGGCCUCUCACAAACAACCAUCACACCCGGAAAUCACUUCCUAUACAAGUGGAAAGCCACGCAAUAUGGCAGCUACGUCUACCACGCCCAUACCCGGGGCCAAGUGGAGGAUGGCCUCUACGGGGCCAUCUACAUUGCGCCGGAUGAGUCGGUCUCGAAACCGUUCCACAUGAUCACGACGGAUCCAGUUGCCGUGCAAAAAAUAGUCGACGCCGAGAAAGAGACGAAGCCACUCAUCCUUUCGGAUUGGCGCCACCUGAGCUCGGCCGAUAUUUGGAAAACUGAAGUAGCCUCUGGAAUAGAGGCCUUUUGCGCCAAUGCGCUUCUGAUCAAUGGCAAGGGAUCCGUCACUUGUCUUUCUGAAGAAACGAUUCGGGAGAAUAUGACGCCUCAGCAGACGGGUGCGUUGGGGGGGACAUACAAGUUCACUGACAUGGGCUGCAUGCCCCCGAUAGACAACAUCCUGGGUGCGUAUCCAUUCAACAAGACGGCUGUCCCGAGCGGCUUCAACCGCGGCUGCGUCCCCACGGAAGGAGAAACCGAAAUUCUCGAAGUGGAUGGCAGCAGAUCCUACGCGAGCUAUGAUCUGAUAAACGUGGCCGGUCUCACCAACGUCAUGUUCAGUGCAGAUGAGCAUCCAGUCUGGGUCUACGCAGCCGACGGGCGCUAUAUCGAACCGCAGCUGGUUGACGCGAUCACAAUCCCCAUCGGAGCACGCUAUUCGGUCUUGAUCGCGUUGGACAAACCGGCCAGGGACUAUACCGUCCGCAUCGUGAACAACGGUAUCAACCAGAUCAUCAACGGGACAGCUUUGCUCCGAUAUAAGACCCCGUUACCAGAGAAUCGCACACCAUACCAAUCGCAGCCCGCCGUCGACCUCGCAGGCCGAAACCUUUCCAUCUCCACGAGAUACUUCGACGAGAACACUGUCACCCCGUACCCCCCACAACACCUAUCUAAACAAGUCAGCGCGACCUACCAUCUCAAAGUGGCCCAUACCGACGCCGCCUAUGGCUGGUACAUGGGCAACGGCAGCUUCCUGCAGGCAUACGAGAACUUCACGCCUCUGCUCCUCGACUCGGCUGCCCUCCCAGCGAACGCCACCAUCUCCACGCAAAACGGCACCUGGGUUGACAUCAUCAUCUCGGUGCUUAACAUCGCCCAGCCCGCGCACCCCAUUCACAAACACUCGAACAAGUUCUUCGUGAUCGGACAAGGUCUCGGGGCGUUCAACUACUCCUCCGUCGCCGAAGCAAUGGAGCAUAUUCCACAGAACUUCAACCUCGACACCCCCCAGAUCCGGGAUACAUUCGCGACGCCGUCCUCGUCGCUAGGCGGGAGUUGGUUGGCUUUGCGAUACCAAGUGGUCAAUCCGGGAGCAUGGCUAUUGCAUUGCCAUGCGCAGGAGCAUCAGACUGGCGGGAUGGCGUUGGCGAUCUUGGAUGGGAUUGAUGCUUGGCCGGUGGUACCGGCGGAAUAUAGGAACCAAUACUGA